GAGACCAACCCAAAAACCUGUUCAAACUUCAAACCUCUUCAGCACUAAUAUUAUUAUUACUAUUAUCUCAUCUCAAUUUCUUCACUCAUUGAUCAAUUAUUUUAUUUAUAUCUACAAAAAAGUAAGACAAACCCAACGUGCCUCAAACCUUCUCCUCUCCCCUGUUUUCUUGUCCAUCUCCAAAUCUACUUUCCCUACACUACUCACCAUCUCCACCUGCUGAUGAAAUGGGAUUAUUGACAGCAAAAAUACUCACCAUUUUCAUCUUUCUCAGCUGUCUUCAACUCAAAAUUCAAGCCCAGAAACUGAAAACAUUCAACAAAGAAUAUCCAUCUUUUGAUGAAACUUUCUUUAACAUAUUUGAGGUUGAAAAGCCUGCAACAAUCAGCAACGCUGCUCUUCAGGUGACUCCUGACUCUGCAUCUUCUGAUUUCAACCUCUACAAUAACUCAGGAAGAAUCCUCUUGAAACAGCCAUUUAAGCUCUGGGAUGGUGAUAUUUCAAACAAUAAAAGCAGGGUUGCAUCUUUCAACUCUUCUUUUCUUGUAAAUAUUUAUAGGCCAAAGAAUGAAACAGCUGCUGAAGGUUUAGCAUUCUUGAUUUCUCCAGAUUUGGAGAAGCCACUCAAUAGCCAAGGGCAAUAUUUGGGUUUGACAAAUGCUACUACUGAUGGAAAUUCCACCAAUAAAGUUAUUGCUGUUGAGCUUGAUACUUUUAAGCAGAACUUUGACCCUGAUGAUAACCAUAUUGGUAUUGAUAUUCACAGUAUUAGAUCUGUAAAGUAUGAAUCUUUGUCAUCUCAUGGGAUUGAGCUUGCUCCUAUGGGUGCAAGAUUCUAUAAUAUUUGGGUACAAUAUGAUGGAAUCAAGAAAAUUCUUGAUGUGUAUAUUGCAGAACAAGCUGAAAAAAAUGGCUCUACACCACCUAGACCAAACAACCCUAUAUUAACAUAUAAUCUUGAUUUAAAAGACCAUGUGAAUCAAGAAUCAUAUUUUGGAUUUGCUGCAUCAACUGGGAGUAAUUACCAACUCAACUGUGUGCUGAGGUGGAACUUAACAGUUGAGUAUUUUCCAGAUAAAAAGCAUCCAUGGUUGAAGGUUGUUUUAGGGGUUGGGGUUCCAGUUGUGGUGUUAUUGCUACUUGGGGCAGCAUAUUUAGGGUAUAUUUAUCACAAGAGAAGAAUUGAUAGGUCACAGUCAAACAUAUUGGGUGCACUAAAGAGUUUGCCUGGAACCCCACAAGAGUAUAAGUUCAAGGCUUUGAAAAAAGCUACCAACAAUUUUGAUGAAAAGAAUAAGCUUGGGCAAGGGGGAUAUGGAGUGGUUUACAGAGGUUUUUUAGCUGCUGAGGAUAAAGAUAUUGCAGUCAAGUGGUUUUCAAGGGAAAGUAUCAAAGGUGAAGAUGAUUUCUUGGCUGAACUUACUAUCAUUAAUCGUCUCAGGCAUAAACAUCUUGUCAAAUUGCUUGGAUGGUGCCACAAGAAUGGAAAACUACUGCUUGUAUAUGAAUACAUGCCUAAUGGCAGCCUAGAUAUGCACCUCUUUUCGGGCCCAGAUAAGCAGCCGCUUAGCUGGCAUGUCCGAUACAAAAUUGUGCAAGGUGUCGCCUCGGCAUUGCACUAUCUGCACAAUGAGUACGAGCAGAGGGUAGUCCAUCGCGAUCUAAAGGCAAGUAACAUUAUGCUCGACUCCAAGUUCAAUGCGCGCCUUGGGGAUUUUGGCCUUGCACGUGCCCUUGACAAUGAAAGAACCUCGUAUGCUGAGGCUGAAGGAGUACUUGGCACAAUGGGAUACAUAGCACCAGAGUGUUUCCACACCGGGAAAGCCACAUCGCAAUCUGAUGUUUACGCAUUUGGUGCCGUGUUGUUGGAAGUUGUAUGUGGCCAAAGACCUGGAAUCAAGGUUAAUGGCUUUCAAUUCUUUGUUGAUUGGGUAUGGUACUUGCAUCGCGAUGGCCGUAUCCUAGAAGCUGUUGAUCAAAGGCUUGGGGAUGACUAUGUUGCUGAAGAAGCGAAGAAACUUCUGCUGUUAGGUUUGGCUUGCUCACAUCCAAUAGCAAGUGAGAGACCUAAAACACAGACAAUAGUUCAGAUUAUAUCAGCGUCAGCACCAGCACCAGAAGUUCCACCAUUUAAGCCGGCAUUUGUAUGGCCAUCUAUGAUGCCAAUGGACAUAGACUCGAGUGUUAUGGACACAACAUCUAUUACAACUUCUCACUUCAAUUCAGGAUGGAGUCUUGACUAUCAGAGCAGGGAGACCCCAACAUAUGCAGACCACCCCAACUCAUUGGUGUAGUUACUUUGGUAAAGCAACUUUUACCAAAAGGAAAAUUGAUUUUUUUGGUCGUCUAUUUUUCCUUUAAUUUACUGUAAUUAUGUUUUCUGGGGAGGAGGUUAAAAUAUUUCUUUCAGUUUUUUACUUUUUGUUUUGAUGUUUUUUUUUUUUUUCAAUUUGUUAAUGGGGAAGGAUGAGAAGAUCAGACCAGCCCAUGUACAUCAUUUAACUCAGUAGUGUUACAGUAUGUCCUAUUUACUGUUGCUCUUUAGUUGAUAUAUUGAUAAUAUUGGGAU